AUGGACUUUCUGCGACGCGGACGGUCUUCGAAUGGACCAGAUAUUGAGCAACAGGCCUUGGCUGGACCAUCAACACAGCCUGAAAUGCAAGAAGAUUCGCGAUCUCAACCGAGGCGACUCCCUGGGACACGGCCUGCUCUGUCCUCAAGAAGACAUCCCGGCGGCAGAAUGCAGCGCCUCGACGAUGGCGACAAUGACAGUCCCAAGACUCCGCGCUUCAAUAUAGGCCUCCCAACACUCCCGAGCACUCGACUGAAUCUUCCGCAUCUUGCGAGGACAUGGACGAGUGGUUCCAACGGCCCGAACUCGCGGCCUAGCUCAGGACAACUACUGCCAAGUCGAGCGGCGACCGAUCCGCUUCCCGGACCGUACAUGAGCAGGGCGGGAGCUGCGCAGAUUCCUGUAGCGGCGCCAUCUCCCGUCGCCCAGCGUGCUCGAUCACAUUCCCGCAGACUGACAAGAAGGUUCACUGGGCCAGAUCCUGCAGAGAUGCAUCUGGCACAGAUGGCACAGGAGGGAAGGCGGCGCAGACGACGGAGGCAGCGAAACCAAGAAGAGGACCACGAUGGACAUCCGAAAAGGUUCCUACUUUGCCUGCCGUGGGUGAAAUCGCGGCGCAUGCGGUCACAAAUCCUUCGGUGCUUUAUUUCAGGCACUUUUCUCGCCCUGUUAUUAGCCGUUUACCUUGCCCUGUCUCUCACACAGAAUAUCCGCAGUAGCGAAUUCACGGUACUUCUCAUACUCAUCAUUCUGUUUACAACGAUCUUUUUCUGUCACGGCUUGAUUCGCUUAUGUAUGCUCGUCAUUCGACCGCGAUCGGACGACGAGGCUAGGCCGCCAAUGCCGCAGCUUGUUGCUCCAGGAGGGUACGCUGUCCCACGGGAACCGAUCAGAGUGGUGUUGGCCCGUGACGAAGAGGAGGAGGGCGAAGUAAGCGAGGCAGCCAAAGCAAAGCCGCCAGCCUACGGCCUAUGGAGAGAGAGUGUGCGGGUGGAUCCCAAUAGGAUAUACUGGCAACGCAAUCCCAAUGCGACAUCAAAUGACAGCCCGUCGAACUCUAGGGAGGUUGGCAGCGGGCCGCGACCACCAUCGUAUGCAUCGGAAGACGGUGUCAGCUACGUUGUAGAUGCUCGGCCCCGGUCAAUGGCGCCAGGAAUGACCGAAGUCCUCCCACCACACCCUUCUGAGGUUGGGCGGAUGAACGAACGACGAGGCCCAUGGUGA